AUGACACAUGUGCCACACAUUCACAGUAGACCGGUGGCACUAGCACUUGCACUGUACUUGCUACAGAAAACGACAGGAAAUUGUAUGAUCCACACCCAAAAAUCCCGUCACGUUCAGACAAUACUGACACCUCACUGAUAAUAUGGCUGCCGCUUGCCCACCCGCUCGCUCAAUUUUCCUCAAGAGAAGGGAUAAAUCAUGAACUAUGUGCGCAAGAUAGAUGAAAUAGUUCACUAUGAAAUAAUAAUUUGAGAUUUAAAGAUACAGUUAGCGAAUAUAUUAAAUCUUUCUUCUAAAUUUUUUGACAAUUUUUUAUGUGUGAUAAUCAUCUAUAUACAUAUAUAUUUUUAUUAAAUUACUAAUUUAAGUCAAAUGUAUUGUAAUUUUGAUAUUUUAAACUUUUUUUUUUUACUAAAAAUUUACUAGUGAGAACAUUCUUAAUCUGUAAAAUUAAAUUAAAAUGUUAUAAAAUCCAUCAUGUGCUGAGAAAUUGUAUAAUAAUUUGUAAUAAUUUGCAUUAAUCAUUCUUUAUUAUUAUAUAUCGAACAGAUAUUUUUCUACUAAAUUUCGUUACUAUUUCAUAGAUUUAAUGUUUUAUGACACUAUAUAUACAUUAAGUUUUGUGAUUCUUAAGAUUGUGAUCUUACGGUAAUGAAUGUUCGUAAUAAGAAAAAGUUUUAUUUAUCAAGUAUAUUGUAGUUGUACUUUAAAAUUUUGGUUUUUUUCUCUGCUAGACAUUUAAGUAUGCAAAUACAUUUUAUUCAAAAAAAAUGUAAGUAAUAGUAAAAUUAUGGUAAAGAUGUGUAUUUUGCUACAAAUAUAAAUUCUUAUCAAAACAUACAAGUGAAAUUUGCUGCAUUUCAGUUUCUUCUGCUCCAUUCUUUCAUUCUUAAUUUGUUACUUUUCGAUUCAUUAAAUAUUAUCAUAAACUACCAAAUUUCUCCCGUUUCUCUUAACCUAAAUUGAUAAAAUUCCACUUGUGACAGGACAAACAGGUACAAUAAAAAUUUAUAACAUGACGUUGUAUUUAACGUAAUAAUAUUUGCACUGUCAUCUUCAACCUAAUUUGAAUUUUUUUUUUAAAUUUCCGUGCAAAUCGUAGAUCGAUAAUAUUUGCUGUAAUUGAAUUUUAUGUAUAAUUCGAUUUUAUGCUUUUCUUUAUAGUACAACAUUUAACUUAUUUUCUAUUGAAAUAUUCUUAUUUUUGUUAUUAAUAUUAUAUUCCAAAGUUUUAAAUAUAAGAGAAUUAUAAAAAAUAUUAUUUUUAGGACACACCACAAGUUUUUCAUAAAUAGGAUAUCUCAUCCACACUUCUGAUGCUUUCAAUAUGAGAGAAAUAGAAAAAUAUGGUUAGUUAUUGAUACCUAUCCAAAAGUUAUCAUAAAUAUUAAUUACUAUUUUUACUACUUCACUGUAUAAUGGUAUAAAAGUAUGUAUACAUAAGCAUGCAUAUCAUUUAUUUAAAAUCUGACAAAUUAAAUUUUAAUCAUUUUUUUUAUAAUCAUUACACUUAUUGUGUAAUCAAACAAAAUAAAUUAAACCAUAUCAUGCAUUGUAUAAAUAAUUUAAUUCUUAUCUUAUAUUAGGUAUAAAUCACAAUUAUAUAUUCAUUUAGUUUUAAUUUACUUAUUGGUUGUAUCUGCUGUGCAUAAUUUUUAAUAUAUUGUUAUAAAAUUUUAACAAUUGUAGUAUAAGAAAAUUACUUCACUAAAAAACGUAAAAUAAUAAUUAAAUGAUUUUAUUACACUUAUUUUUAAAUAUAUAAUUAAAUGUUUUAUUAUGUCUUAUUAUUUUAUAUUAUAUAGAAAUAUAGAUAUUGUGUGAGUAGAAAAUUAUUAUUAUACGUUAUUAUUUGUACAGGCAAACUGGAAUAAAAAACGACGUUUGGCCUGUGAGCCUGUUGUAGCAGUGGAAAUAUCUUUACCUAAAAAUAUGUUUUGUUGGGGUAGUACCAUUCAUGGUGAACUAGGUUUAGGUGGUAUUGAGGAUGAAAACAUUUUAGUUCCUCGUGAAGUUGAUUUUAAAAAAGCUUUAAAAAUUCAGCAAAUUGCUUGUGGUGAAAAUUAUACAGUAAUUAUUACUCAAGAUGGUGAAAUAUAUUCAUGUGGAAAUAAUGACUACGGACAACUUGGUCAUGAACAAGGGACAAAAAGAUUUCAAUUGAUAUCUGGAAUAGAUGCAUUUGUAUUUAAAAAAGCAGCUUGUGGAGCAUACCAUACUUUAGCAGUAAAUGAAUGGGGUCAAUUGUUUAGUUGGGGAUCUAAUACAGAAGGUCAAUUAGGUUUGAAUUUGAGAAAUUUUAUGGAAUGUUCACCACGUAUGGUAAAAACAUUAGGUACAAGUAUAGUAAUACAAAUAGCUUGUGGAAUGAAACAUGCACUUGCAUUAACAAAUAAUGGAGAAUUAUAUAGUUGGGGUUCUAAUAGUGAAGGACAACUUGGUUUAGGUGUUGAUAAUAAAUACGAAAUAAAACCUAAACUUAUCAGUAGUUUAAUUGGUAUCCCUAUUAUCUUUAUUGCUUGUGGAGGAUAUCAUACCAUAGCUGUAUCAAAGUCAGGAGCUGUAUUUGGAUGGGGAAAAAAUACAUUUGGCCAAUUGGGAUUAAAUGAUACUCAAGAUAGAAAUUUACCAUGCCAACUGCAAACAUUACAAAAUGCAAAGAUAUGUUAUGCAGCUUGUGGAGAAGAAUUUUCUGCAUUUUUAACAGUUGAUGGAGGAGUGUUUACAUGUGGUGCAGGAAUGUAUGGUCAGUUAGGUCAUGGAAGUAAUAGUAAUGAGAUUUUACCUCGUCAAGUUAUGGAACUUAUGGGUAGCACAGUUACACAGAUCUCAUGUGGCAAAAGACAUACUUUGGCAUUGGUACCUUCACGAGGUAGAGUUUAUGCAUGGGGUUUGGGUGGUGCAGGUCAGUUAGGUAAUCAUUCUACUCGAAGCAUAACAACUCCACAAGUAGUACAUGGUCCAUGGAUUGCACCAAAUGGCUCUUCAAUAAUGGAUCUUGAUAAAGAACAUAGUUCUUGUACAAUUGGCUAUGUGGUUAAACAUAUUUUUACUGGUGGAGAUCACUGUUUCGCUACAGUAGUUCCACAAAAUGAUAAUAUAAAACCAGAUGACUGUAGAAUAAUAGAAAACUCCUCUCAAAUUCUUACAAUAACCGAAAAACAACUAAUGGCAUGUCAACGAGUACCUGCAAAUUCACCUGUUGAUCAUGAACUUAUGACAUAUUUAGAAACGGUAUUUAAAAGUCUAUCCUGUGUAACUGGAUCGUUUUUACUUAAAAAUGAUGCUCGUUAUGGAUGUUCAAAUAAGCAUCAUGGGGUGGAUAUUGAUCAAGCAAGUAAAUUGUUCGGAAUUAUUAGAGAAUUGGAUAACAGCACAAUUCAAGAACUGAUAUUUACUUGCAUAUCAGACAGCUUGAUUCCUUCCCUUGUCAAUCUACCGUCUAAAACAAUUUGUCCGGAAUCUUUAAGAGUCUAUUUAAUAUUACCUUUGUAUCACGGUUUUGUAAAUCCACUUAAUUGUAAUUUAUUACAUAAGCCAUUCUGCAAAGCUGUUUUAGCAUUAAAAUCAGAGGUUCUUGAAAUUGUUACAAAUUGGUGGCUUAAAGCACCACCUUAUUAUUUUGAGAGAUUAGUUAGAGUUCAUAAAUCAGUUGUUCUACAUUAUGUAAAACAAUCUAGGCCGAAUAAGGGUAUAUUAUGGGAUGUGACAUUGCAAGUUGCCUUAGAUUCUUUACACUUGCUAAAUAAAUUGAACAAUGAAGGCGAUGAAGGGCAUAAAGUACCUUAUUCUACAUUUCAUUUGCCAGAAUUAAUAGAACUUAUAGAUAUAAGGGCCGAUUACAUAAAAUGGAUUUCAGAAAAAGAAUCGUUUUCAGUACGUUAUAUGCAAUCAGCAAUGAACGAGGCAGCAACCCGUGCAUCCAUUAUCCAUCAAAUAUUUUUUGAUCCAUUUUCUAUAGACGCACGACAUCAUACUCAGUUUGUAAUAUUAAACGUUUCACGGGAAAACAUAGUUGCUGAUACUUUACGGGAAUUGGCACAAUACGAUUCUAGUGAUUUAAAAAAGCCUCUUCGAGUAAAAUUUCACGGUGAAGAAGCAGAAGAUGCAGGUGGAGUUAAAAAGGAAUUUUUUAUGCUAUUAUUAAGAGAAAUUCUAGACCCUAAAUAUGGUAUGUUUAAACAAUAUGAAGAAACUAGAGUUAUCUGGUUCAGUGAAGAUUCUUUCGAAGAUGAAAAUAUGUAUUUUUUAAUUGGAAUUCUUUGUGGUUUAGUUAUUUAUAAUUUUAUUAUUAUUGACUUACCAUUCUCGUUAGUUCUAUAUAAAAAAUUGUUACACGAACCAGUUGGUUUAAAUGAUAUCAAAGAUAUGUCACCAAUAUUUGCCAAGAGUAUGCAAAAUAUACUUGAUUAUGAAGAAGCAGAUUUUGAAGAAGUUUUUGGUUUACAUUUUGAAGUGGUUAGAGAAGUGUUUGGCGAAAAAAAAAUAUAUGAACUUAUACCAAAUGGUACUAAAGUUCCUGUUACAUUGAAAAAUAAGAAACAAUUUGUUGAUUUGUAUGUAGACUAUACAUUAAACAAAUCUGUAGAUCCUCAUUUUCAAGCUUUUCAUAAAGGUUUUCACAGAGUUUGCGGUGGUCGUGUAUUGGAAUUAUUUCACAGUUACGAACUUAUGGCCGUAGUAGUAGGAAAUGAAGAUUACGAUUGGGAAGAAUUACAAAAGAAUACAGUUUAUAAAAAUGGAUAUACAAGAGAUGACGCUACUAUUGUGUUAUUUUGGCAAGUGUUUCGCGAACUUACAUUAGAAGACAAGAAAAAAUUUUUAUUAUUUUUGACAGGAAGUGAUAGGAUACCUAUACAAGGCAUGAAAGCGAUUAAGAUUACAAUACAACCAGUGAAUGAUGAACGUUUAUUACCUGUUGCUCAUACAUGUUUUAAUUUGCUUGAUUUACCACGAUAUCAAACGCGAGAAAGAUUACGAUAUAAAUUACUACAAGCAAUCCAACAAACUCAAGGCUUUUCUCUAGUAUAAAUUUACUAUUUUAAUUGUAUAGUACGUGCAUAAUACUAUAGUCACAAAGCUAGGUUUCCACAUUAAAAAAUUAAAGCUAUAUUCUGUAUCUUUUAGAGGCUAUAUAUUUGAGUGUUAAAUAAGAGAUUUACAUAAUUGUUGUUCUAUUUUUCUACAAUUUAUUUAAUUAAUAUUAUCUAGUCGAAUAUUAAAAGAACCUGUAUAUAUAAAAUUCAAAUUAGCAAUAUAAUACAUAGUCGAAUAAUGUCAUAGAAAUAGAUUUGAUUCAAAAUAAAAAUAUUGGUUUAAGAAACGACGUACACAAUUGUAUUAUGCACGUUAUUUAUUAUGACAAACUAUUAUUUAAAUAUAAUUUUCUAAAUUUUAAUUUUGUAGUUUUAUUAAUGAUUUAUUUAGAAAAAAAAAUAGUAUUUGAAAUGAUUACAUUACGUUUGGAUCCCAAAAGUAAGAAAACUCAGGAAAGAUUGUUAUUUAAUAAAUCAAAAAUAUUAAUAAUUACUUUUUUAGAAACUUUUAAAAAUUAA